UCGAACGUUCACAUAACAAAGAAAAAGAUAAAUUCAAAAUUACAGUUAUAUGACAGUAUAAUUUAAAUCACUAUUGAUCACAUUAGUUUUAUCUAUGAGACUAGUAGUUCCAAUAAAUCACAAAAGUUGUAUUAUCUAUGAUUAUUGUGCUACAGUUCAGGUGGUCUACGUUUAAAUUAUCUAUAUGUCUAUCUAUGCUAUACGUCUUCAAUUUUGUGUUUUUUUUGUGGUUAUGUAGAAUAGGAAAUAAGUAAUAGUAAUUAUUAUAAAAGAUUAAUAUUUAUAAUGUUAAAAAUUAGUCAAAUUUAUUCGAAAAUACCGCAGAAAGCUUCUAUUGUACAACUGUAUCAAUAUUUGCGACAAUAUGCGUCCGCACCCGUUUCUGCUGUUUCAAAACUUCAAGUAAAGUCGCAUGAAACGCAUAUAGAAGGCAGUUCUUCGACAAAUUUAAAAGUCAGUAAAAUAACAUCAAAAAAUCCACUAGUUGCAGCAGCAUUUGCAUCCUUGGGUUCUAAAGCAGUUGAAGAAAUAAAAACUCCAAGAACGGACGAACGAAUUAAAGGUGCACAGACUGUUGAAGAAUUACUAAAUUUGUCAGAGGGAAGUGGUUUGUCGAGAAGAUUUGCUUUAAAAAUAGUAUCAGUUUUAGCUGACUGGUGUACAGAUGAUAAAAUUCAGUUGUCUGAUUUUGAUAGGGAUCCCCGCUUUGUACGUUUAUGUAAAGUUUUGACAAAAAAACCGAAAGCCAAUUUGACACCUCACAAUGAAGAUUUGACUAUGGUGGUAAAUAUAACAGCUGAUGAUGAAGCUGCUAGACUUAUUAAUGGUUUAACAAUACCGCAAAUGGUUCGUGUGGUAAUGCUGUUGGCAUCUAAGAAAAGAAGAUCAGUUUCAUUAUUAAGGUCCAUCUCUUUCAAUAUCUCACGAAGCCAAGAGCAUUUAGAUUUAAAGCAGUGUGCUGACCUUCUGUUUGGAGCAGCUUCAUUAAAUUAUAUAGACGACAUUUUACUAGAUAAGAUUUGUCGUGAUAUUUGCAGUCAGUUAAAAGAAAAUAAAAGAGGAAGUGCAGUCAUUGGUUCUAUAUUAACAAGCCUUGGUUUAAUUAGAUAUAAAGACCCAGUUGUGUUAGAUGCAAUAACUGAAUGGGUUCUUUGUAAUGCAGAAAAUACCAGAGCCCAAGAUGCUUUUGCCCUGUUUUUAACAUUAGCAAUCACUAAUCAUCGGUCUGAAAAAUGGGAGAAGCUAAACACUGUCUUUGUUUCACAGUUAUCACAGAAAGAUGCACUCAAAUUGUCAACAUGGUUAGAUUUUGUGUGGUCUUUGGUGGUUUUAGAACAGGCAACAGACAAACAUAUAGAAUCAGUCUUAACCGACAGUUUUACUCAAAAAGUUGAAAUAGAAUUCCAAGUCCCACAUAAACUAAAAAUUUUGAAUAUCAAUGCUGCUGCUAAUUUACUGUACAAUGAUUACAAAGGAUCAAAAUUAAGUGAUUCUUCAAAUAUAUAUAGUGCAGUUCCAUUACAAUCCAAGAACAAGAAAGCCCUUGCAGCAUCCAUCAUUGAGACGUUAGGUAAUCUUUUUCCACUUGAAACUUAUCUAAAAACUAAUGUAAAUACAGGAUUAGGAUUACUUAUCGAAGGAGAAUGCUUGAUAGACAGAAAGGGGAAUCCUCUUCCCUUUAAUAAGAAGUCAGAUGAAUGUAUUAGAGUAGCUGUAGUGGUGUAUGAUUUUCAUGAUAUGUGUAGAGGAAAAAUCGAACCGACUGGAAUGCAUCAUUUAUUUGAAAGGUUACUACAUGCUGAGGGAUACAAAGUACUUGCAGUUCCAUACACCGAGUACAACCCUCACGAUAAAUUGGUCCAGAGGAUACAGUUUUUAAAAAACAAAUUUAAGGCAAUUACUUGAUUUAUUUAUUAAAUGAAAUCAGAAAUAUAGUAUGAUUGCUAAAUUAAUAUUUUUAAUGAAAACACCAUAAGAAAUACAUUACAAAAAAUUGUUUAAUUAAAAUUUACACCG